GCUUGAGCUGAAAAUCGAUUGUUUUCACAUAAAUGAUUGGUAUUAGUACAGUUUUUGGACGGCAGAUAUUGUAUCGCAGCACUGCACUUACAUCAAGAUAUUUUGCUAAAAUGGCCUCCGAAGCUAAAAGAGCAAAGUUGUCUGAUGCAGAGAGACAAGAUUUGUUAUCUCCCUUGAAGGCUGCUGGGUGGAACGAGGUAGAAGGACGAGAUGCGAUCUAUAAGGAAUUUUUAUUUAAAGACUUCAAUGAGGCAUUUGGGUUUAUGACAAGAGUAGCACUUCUAGCUGACAAGAUGGACCAUCAUCCAGAGUGGUUCAAUGUUUAUAACAAGGUCCAAGUAACCCUAAGCACUCAUGAUGUUGGAGGUCUGUCAACACGGGACGUCAAACUGGCCAGUUUCAUGGAGACGGCUGUGGGCAAAUAGAUGUGACAGAUUUUGUCAGACGACAGUGGGCUGGAACACCUCAGGAAAUGAUCAUGAUGCUGUGUUAUUAAUUAACUGAUGAAUAAUUGUCUAAACUGAAAAAUCAUUUAAGUCAGAAAAAUUCCUACUCAUAGAUGUCCGUAGAAUUUUGAACUUCAGUUCAUAUUUUGUCUCCCAAAUACCAAAGAACUUAUUUAGAAAUAAAAGCACAGCUUUCAAUGAUUCAUUUAACAACAUUCCUAAAUAUUUUUCCUAACUGAACUUCCCAAAUAUUAAAACUAAAUUCAUUAGAAAGUCUGAUUGAGAUGUAACUUUGAUGGGGAUAUUAAAAUGAUCUUAUUCACAGGCCUACUCCGGGCUGUAGGAAGAAUGGGGGCACGCCACAGUGUCCGAAAUCUACUCAGGGCUGUAGUUGAUCCACAAAGUCCCGACAGUCCUCUCAAGGAGAGCCAAAAGUCUUAAGUUUAUAGGGUUGUGUGGAGGUUGGAAUGAGCGGGUCUGGUCUGUCUACCUGCUCACAUUGCAAUGUCUAUCCCUGUAGACUUUAGUAUAUUGUAGCAUUUUCCAUCACCUGAAAUCAUAUUUUUCUAGCUGGUCAAUAUCUACCUGUCUAUCUCUGUGAACAACAGAUUUUUACAUCAUAUCAACUCCUGUUACUUUACCUAGUGUUAGACAACAUGGCAUUUCAAUCAUGGAUGUUACAACUUUUUUUUUCCAGCCAUCAUGUUUUACGGUCUGAGGCAACUGGCCCACAAUUUUCCCCCUGCCUUCUGUAUCACUAUUGUGACAUACAAUGCUCUGUACAUUCCAAUAAUUAUGAAAAAUGAUUUAAGGUAUUAGGAAUGGGUCAUGUUUAACCAACAUUUGUGUGUUUGUAAAUCUGUAGAAAGUAGGUGUGUGAACAGUGUAUGUUCUCAUAUUUUUUUUUGUUACUAAUCAGAGUUGUUUGUUACGAUUUUAGGAUAUUGGUGAACCCUUUAUAUACUCUCUGCUGUACCUUUGUUGAGCUUAUUUUUUACCUCUGUUUAUGUGUUCGGAAUCUGCACUGAGAAGACCACUGGUGAUCACUUUAAAACAUAAACAGUUAACCCUGAUAAGGUUACCUAAACUGUAUUUAAAAAAUCUGACACAAUUAAUUUCUUAUUAACUCUGGAUAAAAUAUUUAUCGGUGAAACUUUGACCUAGGAAUGUAUGUAACAGAGGUCAUUAUCUAUUUCUCUGCUAGGCUUUGAACCUGGGACCUCUGGCUCACUAGUCUUACAAUCAACUGAUUGAGCUUAAGAGAAUUUCUCUCUAGCCGAGCAGUAACAGUGUAUCAUGACUAGUACCAGGAUCAUCUUAUAUUUGUGUACAACUUGUUUUUUUAAUCAAUUAUGAAUAUUUCUACAAAUUUUUUUGCGAUAAUUACAGAUGGUGAUAAAAAAAAAAUCACAUUAUUUAUGUAAUUGCCAUUGUAUAAUUAUACUUCGAGUUAUGUUGAAACAUCAUUUCAACAUGUAUUUAAAUUAUGAAAUUAUUAUACUGUGCCAAAAUGCUGUCAUCACAGCAGGUACUGCCAGACAAGUGCUGCCUUAACAUCAUUUUAUAAAUUUUUUUUUUAAUUUCUUGUGUGAAAACUAGUCCUAUUGUUUGUAGAUAUUUUUAUACAGUAUAACAAAGUUAGUAGUAUUAAUGAUAGUGAAGUCUAAAAUUUGUAUUAUUGUGAUUAAGGAUAUGAUCCAACAUAGAAGCAGUUAAAAUGAUAGGGACUGGGAAAAAAGACAGUCUCCAGAAAACUUCAUUUCUGAAACUGGAUACUGAGGUAUGAGAAAUUUUUCAGUUUUAAAACCCAAUAAUUAGAUACUUCAUCAGUAAUUUAUGCUUAAUAUAUCUUCCACUGGUAUUGCAUGAAAACCUUUAUAUAAAUAUCUUUUCAUGAAUAAAGUUUUUGUAUCAGUCAGUCAGCACCGUUGUGGGCAUUAAAACUUUUCACAAAGAAUCAUUCCCAUUUAAUGAACAAAUAUUUUUUUUUCAGUACAAGUACUUGAAAAAAUUAUUACAAAGGAUUCUUCACAUGAGGACAAGAGUACUUUUUGUAUUAGAUCCUUCAUUAAGAUGUAUUUUGCGACUGCUGUCUUUUUGGGAAGCAUUUAUAUAUAAUCACAGUAUUACAUAUACCAAAUGUGUUGUGAAAUAAACUGAGAUAUCAAUA